ACCUGCUUUGACAGCAGUGAGUGCAACACAGUGGGCCAGCUGGACUCCCACAACAGCCCUGGCUGAUCAACUGCCCAAAGAGGAACAUGUGCUGUUGUGAAUAUGGAUACAAUUCUGUUCUUUAGUCUGAUUUUUGUAGGCCAUGAUGCCAGUCAGAAAGAACUCAAAGGCAGUAGCUGUCAAAUAGAGCAGUUUCCUGAACUAUUCCCAAGGGACAUGAGAAACAUCAAAGUGCUGUUGUUACAAGAAGCCCAGAGGGAAGCACUGGGCCAAAACCAGACGGUGGCCACCCUGCAGUGCUGUGGCUCAGGCAGCCAAGUGACAGUAAACCUCCAGGAUUUGGAGAAAAGGCCAAAGGCCGGGUACAUGCUGCAGAGCCUGAGUGUCAUGACGGCUCCUCUCCAAGACAGCCUCCCUGGGCCACGCUGCUGCUUAAGUACGGUCCCUGAACUGCGGUCCCCAGCCGGGCUCCAUGUCACAGUCCAAGUAUUCUUACCCAAUAUCUCCAACUGUAAGUUCGACCCAGUGGUUGAAGCCCCAUUGGAGAGACUGUCUACAACCACCAUCAUCACUCCCAUCACAGAGGACAGAGAAGAGGAGAAACCAUCUAUUAUUGACACAGAGGUGGACCUGCUUCUGAGGAAGAGGUGGAGCAUCGUGGUCAAGGCCCUCAUUGCUGUCACCCUGCUGAUUAGUGGAGUGGCCAUAAUCAUCUUUGUCAUUUUUGAAGUGCCCUGUUCACGAGUUUGUCCUGGAGCGGGGGACUUGUGCCAUUGUCAACAGUGGGGAAGACUGAAGGAAGAUAGUGUCCAGGAAGGGCCCCUGACUGAGGCACCUGGAGGCCCAAUAUCGGUUGGACUCAGCAGGACUGAAGAUCCCAACUCUUCUUCUCCAAAAAAACUAUCUGAGAUCAUUAUUCACCAGACAUAUUUCUGAAAAACUCUCUUUUUAGGCACGGACAGAUGACUACUUUACUCAGCCUUGUACACUGUAGCCAGCAAUCAAUAUUCCUGUUCUGUCUUCUCCCCAUCUUUUGCAAGAGAUGGAAGUUUCUCCUACAGUUCAUGCACUGCCAGUUAAUAUUAAAAUCAGAUUUUAAACACCAAUGAAGAGUUUGAGUUCAGGACUAAGAGUGACCUUUGUGUAACCAGUUUGUAUAUCUAUUACAUAGGUAGUCAUCAACACUCCUUUAAAUGGAAAACAUGGAUAAAUGUACAAAAUCCUUUGAUUGUGGCUCAUGAGAGCCAAGAUCAGUGAUUACAAUUUAUUUCUAUAAAAAAGUUUUAUUGAUACUCUGCA